CUCUCCGUGGUGCUGGGAGACAGUUCUACGUCUGACGGGCCCUUCCGAACGUCGUGGACCGAGGCUCGUGACCCGCAGCGACUCCGCGGUCGAUUUAGGGGAAGAGAAGCCUCGGCCUAGAGCGGAGUUUUGGAGGGGAGAGGGUGGCGGUUUCCCUUCCCCUCGGCGGAGCCUUUUUGCAUUUGGGGCUGUCCUCGCGUCCCCGGCUUUGGGACUUGUCGGGUCCUGUAUCGCCUGAUUUGAGGGUGUCCGGGACUCUCUGCUCGCCCAGUCCGCGUCCCUCCACUCCGCGUGCGGCCACUUGCUCGUCGUUUAACUUUGGGGAGUUAAUCUCUCUGGGCCCCUGGUUGCUGUUCUUUAAAGUGGGGAUAUUAGGACCAUCGUAAGAGCAUCCUAGUAGAAGAACUGUUUUGAGAAUGGAAAGAGGUCGUACAGAUGAAAGCUUUAAAACGGUUCUUGUCACAUGGUGAUGGUGAUCUCUUCUUGAAGGAGAAGGUUGCUUCCCGUCUUGCACGAAGGAAGGGGAGCAUUUACCUUUUAUCGAGGACGGCGACACGAUCAGAGUAUUUCACGGCAUUCUUUCUCUCCCCAGCCCGACUUCUCAAAAAGGACUGCGCGGUAGAGGCAGUGACUCCUUGGCUGCUGACACCUAAGCUUCCAUGCACGAUUCUGCCUUCCUGUGAGCUGUGUAACUCAGGACUCUUCACAUGCUCAGAAGUAGGAGAAAAAAUGACCACAUUCAAGGAGGAACUGACCUUCGAAGACGUUGCUGUGGUUUUCACCAAGGAGGAGCAGGGGCUGCUGGACACUGCACAAAGGAAGCUGUACCAAGAUGUGAUGCUGGAGAACUUCAGGAACCUGCUCUCAGUGGGGCAUCAACCAUUCAAGCAUGAUGUGUUCCACAUAGAAAAGGAAGAAAGGCUUGAUAGGAUGAAGACACCAACCCAAAGACAAGGGAAAUCAGCAGACAAGAUCCAAAGUGAGAUGGAGACUGUCCCAGAAGCAGGACCACAGGAAGAACUUUCCUUCAGGCAAAUCUGGCAACAAAUCACAAGUGACUUAACCAGAUGUCAAGACUCCAUGACAAAUAGUUCUCAGUUCCCCAAGCAAAGUGAUUCACCCUGCCAGCUUGGGACAGGACUGUCUAUAACUCCCACAGGCCAGAAAUUUGACCAGUGUAAUGAGAGUAAAAAAUCCUUCAGUGAUAUCUCCAGUGUUGAUCUUCAUCAACAGUUACAUUCAGGAGAGAAGUCUCAUACAUGUUGUGAAUGUGGAAAAAGCUUCUGUUACAGCUCAGCUCUUCAUAUCCAUCAGAGAGUUCACAUGGGAGAGAAAUGCUAUAAGUGUGAUAUGUGUGGUAAGGAAUUCAGUCAGAGCUCACGUUUGCACACUCAUCAGAAAGUCCACACUGUAGAGAAACCAUUCAAAUGUGAGCAGUGCGGGAAAGGUUUCAGUCGUAGAUCAACACUUACCGUUCAUUGCAGAUCACACACGGGAGAGAAACCUUACAAUUGUGGGGACUGUGGGAGGGCCUUCAUUCAUGCUUCUCAUCUUCAGGAACAUCAGAGAAUCCACACUGGGGAGAAACCAUUCAAAUGUGAUACAUGUGGUAAGAAUUUUCGUCGCAGAUCAGCACUUAAUAAUCAUUGCAUGGUCCACACAGGAGAGAAACCAUACAAAUGUGAGGACUGUGGGAGGCGUUUCACUUGUAGCUCAAAUCUUCGUAUCCAUCAGAGGGUCCACACAGGAGAGAAACCAUAUAAGUGUGAAGAAUGUGGUAAGUGCUUUAUUCAGCCUUCACAAUUUCAGGCCCAUCGGAGAAUCCACACUGGAGAGAAACCAUAUGUGUGCAAAGUGUGUGGUAAGGGUUUUAUUUACAGUUCAAGUUUUCAGGCCCAUCAGGGAGUACACACUGGAGAGAAGCCAUACAAAUGCGAUGAGUGUGGAAAGAGCUUUAGGAUGAAAAUUCAUUAUCAAGUUCAUCUGGUGGUCCACACAGGAGAGAAACCCUACAAGUGUGAGGUAUGUGGGAAAGCCUUCCGUCAGAGUUCGUAUCUUAAAAUCCAUCUGAAAGCACACAGUGUAGAGAAACCUUAUAAGUGUGAGGAGUGUGGGCAAGGCUUCAAUCAGAUUUCACGACUUCACAUUCACCAGCUGAGCCAUACGGGUGAGAAGCCGUACAAAUGUGAAGAGUGUGGAAAGGGGUUCAGUCGUAGAGCAGAUCUUAAAAUUCAUUUUAGGAUCCACACGGGAGAGAAACCCUAUAAUUGUGAGGAGUGUGGGAAGGUCUUCAGUCAGGCCUCACAUCUUCUGACCCAUCAGAGAGUCCACAGUGGAGAAAAGCCGUUCAGAUGUGAAGAGUGUGGGAAGAGCUUUGGUCGGAGUGCACACCUUCAAGCCCAUCAAAAAGUCCACACUGGAGAAAAGCCUUACAAAUGUGAGGAGUGUGGGAAGGGCUUCAAGUGGAGCUUGAAUCUUGACAUGCACCAGAGGGUUCACACGGGAGAGAAACCAUUUAAGUGUGGAGAGUGUGGUAAGUACUUCAGUCAAGCCUCAAGUCUUCAGCUUCAUCAGAGUGUCCACACUGGAGAGAAACCGUACAAAUGCGAUGUGUGUGGUAAAGUCUUCAGUCGGUCUUCACAACUGCAAUAUCAUAGUCGAGUUCACACAGGCGAGAAACCUUACAAGUGUGAGGUAUGUGCUAAGAGCUUCAGCUGGAGAUCAAACCUUGUAAGUCAUCACAAAAUUCAUGCUGGGGAUACAUUUUAUGAAAGUGAUGAGAGUGAUAAGAACAGAGAAUUGUCAGGAAGGAGGUUCUACAAAGUCAUAUUUUUAAAAAACUCAUGUUCAACCUGAAUUCUUGUGAUCAUCAGGUUGAAUAGGAGAGAACGUAUUUGUUUUAUUUAAGUCAGUGUUUAACCAACAGAUCAACAUAGCCCAGUGGUCCAGAGACCACAUAGCUGAGAACCUUGUUGGUGAGUGCAGUAAGGGCUUCGGUCAGAACUUUGACAUUUAUCAGAUGUCACUUAGGAUAUAGGGCUUAGAAAGGAAAAGUGUUUGGACUUGACUUUAACAAAAGUAUAGUGAUGGGCAUGCCACAAUUGAUGUCCACUAGACUGUAAGCUCCAUGGGGGCAGGCACUUUGCUGUUGAAUCUAUACAACCUUAACACUGACUAGUGCUUACGGGUGUGCUCAGUACUUGUUUAAGUGGAUCAAAAGAAGAAAAUAUACAGUAUUUGAAUAUUGUAUCCAACGGAGGAAACCUGCAAAAUAAAAUUAUUCAGGGAAAUGGACAUUUGUUAAAAUGCAGAAAACCACUGGAUACUGCAAUUGCAAUAUUUUUUCUAAAUUUUAUUUAGUUUUCAUUGUACCUGUUUGUGGAGU